AUGAAUUCAAAUGGGCCACUAAUCCACGUGACCAAACUGAAGCAGGAUUAUACGUACUACAAUUCCUGUGAGAGACCCAAGAAGAACAAUGAGUUUAUGGCGACCAGCAAAGCACUGAAAUUAAAGCACAAACUCCGACCUGAGACUGCAAAGAAACUUCUUAGUCUCAGUGACAGUAACAGUUCUGAAGAGAUCUAUACUGAGAGAGGCCGCCCUAAGCUAGAGAAGCAUAAAGACCCCAAGGACAGAUUCUCUCGGAAGUUUUUCUCUGAAGAGAAAUACCAUUAUUCACAAAAUUUACAGAUCGAACAAGAGCUUAAGAAUUUUAAGAAAGAAAUUGAAAUCAAAUUCAAGAAAUCAAACGUCAAUAAGCAGUACCAAUACCCUCGUGUUAAGUCAGGCGAGCUUACAGAAAAGGAACAGAGGGUUGAUGUGGGUAGCUUCAAGCUCCAAGCGCUUCAAGGGUCUCAGGUUAACAAUAAGUUUGCGAAAUAAACCGUAUAAAGUUCCCCUGAUUCUUGCGAAUAAGGAGUUUGAUGAUAAGAAUCCGACCCAAUUUCGGACGAUAGAUCACUGCGUGACCUACUCAUUAGAUAGUAGGGAAAAUAUUAAAGGAGAAACUAUAAACUUAGUCGUUGACCCCUUCCCAGAAGUGAAUAAGGAGAAGAACCCAGAGUCUAAGACUAGGAGAGAGAAAAAGAAGAAGAAAUAUCAGAAUAAGCUGUCUGCAUUGAUAAAGGGACUUAAUCCUUCUGCAUACAUUGAUAAAAGUAUCGCGAAUCAGUUCAUGUCUGUUGGUUCGGAGAUAAGCACCAUGAGUAAGCACAAGCAUUGCACUUCUUUGUACAAGAAGGAUGAUUCGGUUGGAUUUUCUUCAAACUUGUAUUUAUCAAAGCACAAUUCUCCAUCAAAGAAAAAGCCUAAAGUCACUAAGAAACCCAAACUCAGGCCAUCCCUUCAGAAGUACAAGAAAGAAGCAACUAAAUUUAAUUCUCCAUUAUCAAAGUUCCUCAAGAAGCACAAGGAUUAUAGACUGAAGAAGAGCUUACACCAGAGAAGCGUGGAUAUAGACACUGGGUAUACCGGAGAUAGUCUGGAUAGGAGCAGUGCCACCAAGCCUCCUCUGAUAGAUAAAAAGCAGUAUACCCAGACGCUGGUUGUUAACAGGAAUGAAGACCCAUUCACUACAGCCAGGUUACUCAAGGAGAAGUCUAAGAAGAAGUACCUUAACACUAAGAAGACUUACAAAAAUUCUACUAGACUCUCGUAUGUCUCUUAUCUGAAGAAUAACGGUGAAGUUAAACAUGUUUCCCUAGAUUUGGACAAGAAUUCCAGUAUUAAGAGGAAGAUUAAGUCUCCAAAGAUAUUGGUACAGUCUAGCUUCACUAAAACCUCUCCAAAUAUUCCAAAGGCAAAGACCAGACAGUUGAGCAAAUCCAAGGCUCUAAAGAAGAACAAAAGAGUUCUGACUAAAAAUUAUGAUAAGACCAAAGGAAAACUGUCUUCAAGGAGAACUCUGAAAACAAAUAGUACAAAUGGGUUCCUUUACAAUACAACUUCUGUCCCUAGUUCAGCGAAGAGCAGAAAUAACAGCAAGUGUUCUGUCAGAUACAACAGUAAAAUUGAAACUAAAUCAAAGCCAAUUACUCAGACAAUAAAUCCAAAGUACAAAUCUUCGAGAGGAAUCUCUGACCAGAUUGUUAGUCCAAAGUCUAAGACUAAGAAAAAGGGAGUGAAGAAGAGGAAUUAUCCUGGUUUACACUCUAAUCUUGGUAGCAAUCUCGUGAAGCACCCCUUCGCAAUGACCCCAGGGAUAAAAUCGACUUUGUCUAGUCUGAACAUGAGAAUACCAACUUCAAGCUCAUAUAAGAAUAUUAAUAUUUAAU